CCUUAGCAUCUAAAUAGAUUUGAAAAUCUGGCGCUGAUUGACCAAGUGAAACAACUAGAUGCUCAAGCUCCUAUUUCCAAUUCAGAAUUCCGAUCAGUGGGCUUAUGGACUCGGAAAGAGAAGCCAAGUUAGAGAAAAGAAAACAACCUUGCAGUUGAAUAGGGAAUAAUUUUUAUGAUUCAAUGGUUUUUUUUCCCCACCCAGGAGAGUAAAAUCUGGAUGUCCUCAGGUCUCAGAAAUGAGCAGAAAGAGAAGAAAAAGCUGCAAGGGCAGAAAAAGCUCAGAUCCCAGAGAAUAUGAACAUUUGCCAGCUGUUUGUAAAUGCCAGCAAAAUGUAAAAGGCCUUAAAAAUAAAGCGGAUGAGGACCCAGUGGAAGCUAAUUUCCCUGAGCCAGUGGACAUGGAGAGAUCUGAAGAAAACAGGAAAGAUCACUCUUGUACACCAUUGACUGGGCAACAGAAUAAUUCAGGUGAAUGUGAAGAUAAAGAACAAGAAAAUACAGAUGACAGUGAAAAAGAAGGAGGGAAGGAAAAAGAUUGCCCUCCACCAUCAUUCUCUCAUAGUCAGGAAGAGGUCCUUGCAGUGGUAACCUUCGAUGAAUCAGAAGCCUUAUCAACAGGAAAAAUUACAUUGAAGCACAACCCAAGCUCUGCAGAACCCUUUGAUUUGGCUAGUGAAGUACUUACUGCAGAAUUAAAAUGUGGUGGUUUUAAUAUGAAAGUAGAAAUUAAGAAGGGCUUGUUAUUUGAUUCUGGAACAAGCCUUGUAAUUGAGAAAAAGAAAUGUCCAAAGAACAGAAAGUGCUAUCGUGACAAGCAAUAUCAGAAAAGCCACUAUUCCAAGUGCCAUAAGUGUCAGGAUCCAUCAACUGCCCAUUCUAUAGAUGAAAAUGAGAAUUACAAGGCAUCCUCUAAACACAAAAUACAAAUUACCAGCAACAAGAACACCUCACUGAAAGUGAGCAUUGUAGGAAAGGAAAUUAAAGUGAAAUACAACAAUAGAAAGCAGAAUCCAAUAAUUCAUAUAGAACCAGGUGAACACACACAGACAAGUGGCAAAACUUGCAGCAGGAAAUAUGGAAACACUUAUUCCAGUGAUACAGAAUAUUCUGUAACAGAGGUAUCUUGCAGCACUGAUUAUGAAUCAGAUUUUAGCCUUCAUGAAAAGGAAGAGUCUUUUACAAACUAUACAUGUCCAGACUGGUAUCUACUUCUUCCUCCACCUGAAGAGUUUGCUGACAGCAAAGAAAUAUGUUUAGAUACCACUACAGAGGUUGCAUCCUUACUCCCAAUCAGUGAUCAAAAAGAACCUGACACCUUACCUGCAGUCUUACCAGCUUGGGAGGAAGGAAAUCAUAUCUGUAAACAAAAAGAACCUGGGACUGAAGAUUUUGCCAGUGAAAAGGAAGAUUUCUGUAAAGACAAGAUAUUUUUCUCAGAAUUUAGUUAUAAUGGGGGUUGUCCUUUAGAUACUAAUGGUUCAAGUGAAAAAAUCCUUGGUAAAGAACCUAUUGAUGAGGCCAAUGAAGCAGGGCAAAUAAGAAACAGUCUCAUUGACAUAAGGAACACUAUAUUAGCUUCACACCCGGAGCCAAAAGCAGUUAGAAGAAAAUCUUUUCCAGAUGUCACCAUUGAUGUAUUGUCACCAGUUCACCACAGAAGGGAUUCUGGCUUUUAUUCAUUGCCAUCUUUAUCCUUAAAAGUACUGCCCAAGCAGGCCAAAGCAGUAGAUGUUUACAGCAAGAAUACUCAGUCUCAUAACAGCUGUACAGAACUUUGUAAGUGUUUCAGCUUCACAUCAGUCAGCAGUCCGAGAGUGCUCAAAUCUUAUCAGUAUGCCUUCACCUCCUACAAUCAUGACAUGACCAUUUACCAUUCUGAGCUGGAAGGAAGUAUAGAUGAUGCUUUCUUCUUCACUCACUAUGAAGACUAUAUGGGGGACUGUAAAGAAAUGGAAGCGACAUUAGUGGAAACAUCUUAUUCCAACAUCAAUUCAAAUGUAGAACGAAAACUGGAGCAUAAAUACUCAGAGCCUCUCCAGAAUCUUGCUGUAUGUGAUGAACACAUUGAGUUUACAGAAAGUGGUUUUGAUGAGGAGACACUAGAAAGUGAUCAUCACUUUGAUGUACAAGGCGAUGUUGAAGUACGGAAUAAAGCCCUGAUAUUUCAAGUCCCUUCCCUUUCCAGAAGCCCUUCAAAUGGCCAUGUUAGUGACAAAAGCAUAGCUAAUACAGUAGCCAUAGACUGUGUCCAAAGCCAACAUUCAGCAUUACAACCAAGUAAGUGUGUUCAUCCAGCUACCCCAGAGCCUGAGGUAACAAUAAAGAAAUGGAAAGGAUCAGUGAUGACUGUAAAAACUGGAGAGCAAGAACAAAGGCUCAUCAUUCAAGGCGACAAUAAGGAGAUAGCUGAUUCCUUUGGCUCUGGGAUAAAAAAUGAGCCUAAGCUACCCCGCAGCAUACGAGAAAAAUCAUUUAUGUCCCUUUUAUUGGAUGCUGAGGAGUCAGAUAUAGAUAAUGAAUUACAGAGCUUUUCUGAGGUCCAGGACACAUCUAGGAAUAUUCCUGAUGAAGCCAAUUUCCAUGAUGAUUCCACACAUAUUACUUCAGUGUCCAGCUCCUCAGUGCAUCCUGAAGAUAAGCAAGUUUGCACUGAGGGUACAUUUACCAAAGAAACAAAAGAGAACCUUUGCAGUGAACAAGAGAUAACAAGCCAAAUAUCUGAUCAUUUAAGAACAGUGCCUGUAGCAUGUCAGAUAGAGCAGCUAGUUAAAUCCGGCUCUGAAGAAAUUGAGAAAAAAUGUGAGACAAAGGAUUGUUGCCAGAACACAUACACACCAAUGUCACCAAGAAAGCAGAUUAGUCAAAAAGAUUUGAAGUCAGAAGUGAAUAAGACCAUAAAGCUACCCGGUGAACCAGUGUUAAAAGAUACAAGAGCCAGUGAUAGCUCCCAGGAAGAAGCCCUAGACCGAUGGGCCAGGCAACGGAAGCAAUUCAAAGACAGUAAAAAGUGCAGUUCAACUGGAGGGAGCUCCAUAAACAGCACUAUCACUGAGAUAUCAAUAAACUCAGAGGAAGCCCGUUCAGUGGAUCUGAGUCUCCGUAGUGAAAAUGAGGAGAGAGGUUUCUACACAGAGAACUUUCAUUCAGCUUCGUGGGUUUUCAGAGGUGAUGAUAUCAGUCCAGAUAAUAGUCCUAGAUGUCUCAGCAAAAGGCCUAGGCCAGUAGCAGUUCGUGAACGAACAGUGAGGAUCACAAAAGGAACUGGUGAUUACCCCUGGGGAUUCCGAAUCCAGUUCUCAAAGCCCAUUCUUGUGACUGAAGUGGAUACUAACAGUGCAGCUGAGGAAGCAGGGCUUCAGGUGGGCGAUAUUGUGCUGGCUGUCAAUGGAACUGAUGUCACCAGCAUACCACAUUCACAAGCUGCAAAUCUGGCAAGAAAGGGCCCUGAUAUCUUGACUCUCUUGGUUGGAUCAGACAUCAGCCGCUGUCCCAGCACUCCCAGGCCAACAUGUCGAGGAUAUUUGCACAAGCGAACUCACUCGGGGAUACUGAAGGGCUGGAGGAAGAGAUGGUUUGUGCUGAAACAUGAUGGCUGCCUUUACUACUACAAACACAAGAAGGAUGAAGGAAAGUGCAAACCUCUAGAUGUAACAAAAUUAGAAGGUGCGGAAAUUGGUGUUGACAGCAGCCUGGGUAAACCAUUCGUGUUUAAAUGCAUGCCUCAAACCGGAAACAAGAUUUUCUACUUUUGUGCAACUUCAAACCAAGAGAUGAAGAGGUGGCUGGAGGCUAUGGAUAAAGCUGUGCAUCCUGUCCAUCAGAAACAUGUAUGGGUAGAUGUCACCCUGCACAACACCAGCCUUCCACCCCUCGCUAUCAAAAACCCAGAGUGUCUGGGUCUCCUCCACCAACUGGACAAAACCAGAGAUGUGUGGACUCAGCAUUACUGCAUUCUGAAGGAUGGCUGUUUGUAUUUUUAUGCUGGCAUUCGCUCCACACAUGCCCUAGGUGGGAUUUACCUGCAAGGUUACACUGUAAGCGAACAGUCACUUGGCUCCAGGAGAUCUGUAAUUGAAAUGAAACCCCCAUCUGAAGAGUUUCAAACCUUCUACUUAUGUGCAGAGACUGUAAAUGAAAACAAACGAUGGAUUACUGCUUUGAAAAUCUCAGUUAAUAAAUGGAUAACCCUACACCAGGCCAUUCAAGACUUCAUGAACCGACCACUGGAAGAGACAAAGAUGUGAAAAAAUAUAUAGUUUUUCUUCAUACUUUUCUUUAUAAUACAUUUCAAGACAAUAUAUCCCAACAGACGAGAUAUUUUAGCACCAGGUGAACUUUAGCCGUGGUAUGUACCACACAUCUUUUGUAAACGUUAGUAAAUAAAAGCUAAUUU